AUGGGGUCUUUGGAAGCUGCACCUAGGCACAGAGACCCUUUACCUGCGAUAGGGUUCCUAGGAAAGGACGGCUCGGGCUACACCGCCAGAUAUUCUUCGAGCGCAACUUCAUCUCCAGCUCCUUUGAUGAGUCCCAACAUCAUGUACACCGGGCAGCAUCUACCUUACUCCUACGCGCCCUCGAGUGGUCCGCCCCCAGGGUAUGCCUCGCCGCCAGAGGCCCGUCGUGUCAUUGAAGAUGAGAAAGAGAAACACACUCCCAGACAGUCUCUUCCAUCAAUUCACGAGGCGCUCGGCAACGACAACCCUCUCCCAUACCCUACACCUACCUCCGCUCCACCAUCACAAUCCACUCAUGCGGCGCCGCCAUCACACCUUAUCGGACGGCCGAGUGCAGAAGGUCCAGCCGGACCAUCAAAUCCGUUUAAUGGACCAUCGACGGGGGCAUUGAUGCGGGAUGGCGCUUAUUCGCACCCAGCCCCAAUGCAAGAACAAUCGCGCUCCAGUCUCGCAUCCAUAAGCACUCAAGACUCACGGAAUCCAUCCCUCCACUCCAUCAGCACGGGCAAAUCCCCUACACAGAGCGCCAAAACAGUGAACACCUCGGUUGGAUCACAAAAUUCCUCCGGCUACGACUACAGUGCGCCGCCGUCCGCCGGCAGUGUAGCUUCACCCAACGGCUACAGCCAUUUCGCCUCGAACUUUACCUUCCCACCUCAGCCUUCGGGCCACUCAUAUCCUCAUACCUACGACAAUCGCUCCUACAUGACUGCAUCGCGCAUGGAAGAAGUCAAAGGUGGGUAUGUGGGUCGGUCAAUCCCUCCCCAUAGCGAGACUGUCAAGCGGCAUUUGGACGUUUUCGAUGUGGAGACAUCUUUGAAUGAGAUCGCCGAGUUGAGUACACGAACUCUCGAUUUUUCAAGGCACUACGCAGCUCGCGCACACCAAACGCAGCGGUCUGGGCCGAUAUUAGGGUCCCUUCCUUCGCUAAGCGAAGUCGAGGACAUGCUCCAUAUGCAACGGCGGAACCAAGAUGCCUUGAUCCGGAUACGUUCGGCUGUGGUGAACCAAGAACAGGCGCUCGCCGAACAGAUGGCCCAGCGAAAGGCGUUCAAGCCCGAAGACGAGCACAUGGCCAUGUACCAAGAAGAGUACAAAGGCACGGGCGGAUUUGCAGGCGCAGAUCCAAAGAAACGGCGUGGAAAAGCUGCCCCUCCCGGUCGUUGCCACAGCUGUAACCGAGCCGAAACGCCAGAAUGGCGCCGGGGUCCAGAUGGAGCCCGGACGUUGUGUAACGCGUGUGGUCUGCACUACGCCAAGCUGACUCGCAAGAUGGGCGCUAACAAGCCGGCGGGCCUGGGUUCAAAUCUAAAGCCCAAGUCGGUUCUCGACUCCGCCUCGCCAACCAGUCAUUAA